CAUUCUCUCUCCUCGCUCUCACACACACUCAAGUGUCAUUUUCUCACAUAUACUUCACACAAAAGAAACAACCAUUUACUACAUACUACCUUGUCAUUGAUUUUUCUCUCUCUAUAUCUCUAAAAUCUUUGCAAAAACAACUGAAAUCAAACAAUAGAAAUAACAUUCUCAACAAAACCCAGAAAUCUCUUCCUCAAAUCCUUAAUACCCAUUUUCUUUUUCCUUCCUUCCCUCGAGAAGCAAAAAAAAGAAACGUUUUUUUUGUUCUUUGUCCUGAUUCAAGAAAACAAGAACUAGGGUUCAUCUCUGGAAACCAACUGAAGAACCUGUUGAAGAAGAAGUCAAGAAGAAAAAGAAGACAAGAAAAAAGAAGAAGAAGAAGAAGAAAUUGAAGCUCUCUUUAAUGGAGCUUUUUCCUGCUCAACCGGAUUUAUCCUUACAAAUUAGUCCUCCAAACAGCAAACCGUCAUCAACAUGGCAGAAAAGAAGAUCAACAACAGAUCAAGAAGGUCAUGAGGAACUCGAUUUAGGGUUUUGGAGAAGAGCUCUUGAUUCAAGAACAUCUUCGCUCGUCUCUAAUUCCAGCUCAAAAACAACCAAUAAUCAUCAUCAUCAUCCACUCGAAGACCUCUCGCUCUCUAACAACUCUCAUCAUCAACACCAUCCACACCUUCUCCCAAGUUGCAACAGCUCUAACAUCUUGACCUCUUUCCAGUUUCAGACACAACAACAACAACAAUUACAAGGUUUUCUUGCUCAUGACCUUAAUACUCACUUAAGACCAAUAAGAGGGAUCCCUCUUUACCAAAACCCUCCUCCAAAUCAUCACCACCGUCCGCCGCCGUGUUUCCCUUUCGAUCCGUCGUCUCUAAUUCCAUCUUCUUCGCCGGCUCCUACCGGAAUCAACAACAACAAUAGCUUUGGUACAAGUGGCGUUAGCAACUCCGGUUUAAUUACAAACCCUAGUUACCACAAUCAUCAACAUCAACAUCAUCAUCAGACACUGAACAGAACGAGAUUCAUGCCGAGAUUUCCUGCUAAACGAAGCAUGAGAGCUCCUCGGAUGCGAUGGACCACCACUCUCCAUGCCCGGUUUGUUCACGCCGUUGAAUUGCUCGGUGGCCAUGAAAGAGCAACACCCAAAUCAGUUCUUGAGCUCAUGGAUGUCAAAGAUCUCACCUUGGCCCAUGUUAAGUCUCAUUUACAGAUGUACAGAACAGUGAAGACAACCGACAAAGCAGCAGCUUCGUCAGGACAAUCUGAUGUUUAUGAAAAUGGAUCUUCAGGAGAUAAUAACUCAGACGAUUGGAUGUUCGAUAUGAAUCGAAAAUCUAGAGAUAGCGAUGAAUUGACGAAUCCUCUAGAGAAAUCAAAUGGUCUGUGGACCAAUUCGUCCGGAGAAGCACGUUUGCAUGGGAAGCUAAUCGAUAAUGUUGCAGAAAUUAUGCUACCUUCUGAGAAGGAAGUAGAUGGAAAGUGCUCAAGUUAUGAGAGGAUAUCGUCAGAGGAGAUGAGCUCAUCAAGCAUAUCGGGAACAAGCCCCUUCAAGCCUAACCUUGAGUUCACUUUGGGUCGAUCUCACUAAAAUUUAUUGUUGUAGCUAGCUAGUAAUUAAUUAGUAUUAAUUAACUUCUAUUUUGGCUAAUGACUAGUUUCUUAAUUCAUAUCAAUUGAAUAAGUUUUUGUUUUAA